AUGGCUCGAUUCACCCUUGCCCUCCUUGCCGCUUUACCAGCGCUAGUUUCGGCGCAAAGUUUCACGACCUACCCCGAUGUGCACUGUUCGCAUGAUGGUCACUGGUUUUCACUGGAAAGCGCAUUGAACCCCAAUACAGAAUGGGCUGGUUUCCCUGAUGGUACCAAAUGUGUCGUGUUUGAGGGCAUGGAAAAAUAUGAAACUGUUAUCAAGUACACUGGUGGAGAAGUGGACUUUAAAGACUUCAACGGUGGCUAUUUCACAUGGACAUACUCGUCGGGCAUUCAGGGUGCCUGGAUCGCUAGGUGGCGAAAUUAG